CUUAGCGUUAGCGACCGAUUCGAGGAUAGUCGACGUCGAAGCUCGUGGCGUAAAUAAUGGUUCCUCGACGAAUUCCGCUAAAAUCGCAGUUAGGCGUCUUAAAAUAAUCGGGACACAAAUCUGGCUCGUGUGGUGGAAAAGCGUGAUAAAAGUGCCAAGCAAGAGAAAGCAGAAGGUAGCCGGAGAGAACCGUCGGUUUGCAUUCGGAUUUCGGAAUUUUACACAAAACGGAGUCUACAUACUUUACACACAAAAGAAUAUAGGUUUUUUUAAGAAGAUAUUGGAUAUAACAUUGAAAAAUGUUGUCUGACGUGAACAAUGCCAGGAACAGCAAGGCAGCCGAGAUUGCAGAGGAGUACAUGUCCUCGCUUCAGGAGCUCGCCAGCAACAGCAAGCCGCACAUCAACAUGCUUACGAUAUUAGCUGAAGAUUACAUCGAAUUCGCAUCAACUAUUGUCGAAGCAGUUGAAGCCCAUCUACAAAAGGUACAAAGUUCUCUCAAGCUUGCGGUGCUGUACCUCAUUGAUUCGAUUAUCAAGAAUGUUAAUGGAGUUUACUCAAGUCUGUUUGCGAAUAAUAUUGUUCAAACAUUUUCCGGCGUCUUUCAAAAGGUGGAUGAAAAUACCAGAGGCAAAAUGUGGAAAUUAAGACAAACAUGGAAUACUAUUUUUCCUGCUGAUAAACUUCUAGCAUUAGAUGUAAGUGUGCACGGUAUUGAUCGAAAUUGGCCAAUCGCAACGCUACCAUCAAAUUCUACACCCUCAAAGGCUAUUAUUCAUGUGAACCCCAAAUUUUUGCAACAAAAAGUACAACAACCACAACAAGCAACAAAGCCACAAGAAACAGAAAAACCGGAAAAAACUAAUUCAAUCUCGGAAGAAGAAAGAAUCAGGGAAGAGUUGUUGAAAAAAAGUAAACAUUUAGAGGAGUUGAAAAGACAAAGAAAAUUGUUAGAACAGCAACAAAAGGAGUUAGAAAGAACGACACAAGCCCUUAUUAAACCCAAAACGCAUUCAUCUGAUGGUAGCUCAAAAAAAUCCUCAAAAACCACUGUGCCUUCUGAUGGUAGCUCGAAGUCAAGAAAAAAAGAGACAAAAACGAGUGAAUCUUCAAAGACGCCGACAAAAGAACAAAAGCCGACUAGAGAGACGUUAAACAUAUUACCAAAGGAUCCUCGGCUAAAAACAGCAGCAGCGAUACAAAACGGGAGCAGCAGCGUCAGUCCUAAGAUCGAGGAGAAACCGCAGCGGAAUCAUGACCACCAUCAGUCCAGGACUUCGUCAAAAUCCUCUGAACACAGCAACAGCAGAUCCAGCAGUAAAAGUUCCUUAUUUAGCGCUAGUCCGGUAAAAAUCCGCGAUGACACUGCUCCGCGCUCCGAUAGUAGUCAGACCACUGCGAAUGCUGAUUUAUCACUGAUUAUGAACGACAAUAAAAGCCUUGAUAAUGACCGUAUCCAAAGAUCUAGUACUAGUAGCCAAAAAACAACAUCGUCAAACAACACAAUCACCGCUAACCAAGGUGAAGCGCAGUCGGGGAAUUCUUCGGAGCGCUCGCCGUCGAGGAGUUCCUUGACUCGCGGCACCUCCUCCUCUUCUUCAAAGUCAAAGUCAAAGUCGUCGUCGUCCUCCUCGUCGCGUAGCAAAUCCUCCCGCACUAAGUCCCAUGGCGAGACUGCCUCAAACACCUCGUCCUCGUCCUCCACGUCCUCUUUGCCCCGGAAAAAGUCCUCCAAGUCGCGGAAGCGUAGCCGUAGCCCGCAUCAUCACCACAAGCAUCACCACCAUCACUACCACAACACGCCCAAGCAAACGCAGCAACAGCAGCAGCCACCGCCACCGCCGCCACCACAGGGUGUUGAUGAGGAGGAGCAGUUUGGUGGAUCGUUGAUCGUAUCGCCACCACAGCCAGUGGUUAACGCGUUUAACAAGGAGUCAACGUCAUCGAAACAGCGACGCGACAGUGGCAGUAGCGGCAGCAGCUCACGCGCUAAACGCAAGGAAAGGAGCAAGAGUCGCAGCCACAGUCCCGAUAUCAGUUGCAAGAAGCGAAACUCUUCUGGAGACAAGGACGAGGAUCUUAGAUCUUCUCUGCUCGUGGCCAGCAGUGGUGUCGUGCCAGCAGUUGUGCCUGCUCUGGACUCGAAAGAAGAUUUAGAUCUCCGCGUGCUUCCUCCUAUACCAAACAAAAGAAAGACGGCCGAUGGACACGAAAGUUCAAGUUCAAAGAAAAGCAAAGAUGAACUCUUGGAUGAACUCUUUGGCAAAGAAGAUGUGGAUCUUCGAAUUUUGGCACCGACUCCACAAAAAGUAUCGGCCCAUCCACCCACACCUCCACCACCCGUGAUAUCUGGUGAAAAGGACAAAGACAAAGACAGCAGCUGGGCGAAAAUCAAAACGCCCAUCAAAAACGAUUCAUCGCUGUCGUCGUCGUCGAUGCGUUCAGACCCGCGAAGUAACAUGAGUUCAACGCUGGUCGAACGUCCCGAACGUUGUGGACGCAUUCCUCGGAUCAGCAAAAUUUACAACAAAAACGAAGAAAUGACUAAAGAUCGCAGACGAGGGCCCCGCGACUACGAGCGCAACUCCGAUCGCAACAUCGAGAUUAUCAUGAAGGAGGCUGCCGAAGAAUUGAAUCAGGGCACGAUUACGAAAUCCCAAUAUAACAAGCUGAUUCAGGAGGUGUUGCACAUGAGCGAAGAUCAGAAGCUUAGAGCAGCUCAGCGAAAAGACCGUGAGAGUAAAAUGUGGGAUCGAGGGGACAAGGGUAUGAGGUCUAAAGACCACGGCAUGCAUCCUAGAGCACCGGGUCCACGAUGGGGACAGCCUUGGCAUCAACCGUGGGCCCAUCCACCCUUCCAGGGUCACUUCCGACCAGAAUUUCGGCCGAUUGGGCCUUGGCAAAAUCAUCCGCGACUAUUUGGGUCUCCGAUUCGUCCGGACUUUCACAAUUUCCAUGGAGGCUUUAGUCCGCGAAUGGGCCCACCACCUAUGGGUCCAAAUGGACCAAUUAUAUUAAAUCCAAUGGCUUCUGGCCCAAUGAAUUCGAUAGGCGGGUCCAUGUCUUCUUUGGCACCAAGUCUGAUGAUGAACACCAGUAGCCCCAUAGUGCCUAAGAGGCCAACGUCAAAUGCCGAAAACGACGGCAAUUGGUCCAAUCAGUCGAUAGAGAGUACUAAGACGAAAGACACUGCUGAAGAGGUCAGCUCCAGUAGUAACAGGGAUGAAUUGCCACCCGCUGAUCCAGCCCUGAUCGAGGAAAUCACCAACGACACGAUGAGAUCGAUUAAUAUCGAUAAUGUACUAAGGGAAAUCAGGUAUUACGGAGACACGGGUGUUAUCUUUAUGCACUGGGACGAUCCGAGAGAUAUCGGCUUCCAAAACGGAGCUAGAAGAAUAUCGAUCGAUGGCAAAGAGACGGUCGUCUGUUCGUUCAACGACGAUUACCGAGAGUUUACAUACGAAGGGAAAGUUCAUAAAGUAAAACUCGGUGCGCCUACUCGAGAAUUAUACGUCGAUGGCAAAUGGUAUCAGUGUUAUUUUGGUGGUCAACCAAUCACCAUUGAAUUGGAUAAAAAGAGUGUCAGUGUAAAACUAGACGGACCAUCCCCCCAAGUUAAAAUUGGCACGGUCAAACGCACUGAUCUUGUACUUGGUAAAAUCAACCUCAUUAUUAAUGCUCGAUGCAUGGUUCCUGUUUUCCUCGAUGCCAAACCGCAAAUAUUUCAUAUCGAUAACAAGCCAUGCACAUUGGAAUUUAUUGACGCCCUGCAAACAGUUUUGAUUAAUGGACGGCCAUUCAACGUGGAAUUCGGAGGUUUGCCCAAACCUAUUCUCGUCCACGAAAAGAAGCACUUUAUUCGAUUCUCAGUGCUGCCCCGUGGCUUCCGUGCCGGCUAUGUGAAGAUCGCAAACAUGAAAGGCGAACAGCCUAAAGAGUUACCUGAAGAAGUCACGAAGAAAGCUCAACAGGAGGUUUCAUCGAGCACAAUGGUGGCUGUGCCUUUGUCAAUCGAACCUGAUUCUACGUCUCAAGAUGGUCUGGACCAGUCUUAUACCACAAAAACAGAUCUUCAAAUGUUGUCUUCAGUCGUACCUUCGGCAAUGGCUCCAUCCUCCGGUUUAUCAUAUCAGGCUGAACCUGUAGAGAAUCAACCAGCUCUGGCCCCGGCUAUUACACUACCAUUGAAUCUUAGCGAAUUGUAUCAACGAUUAGUUGAGACUGGUAUAGUUUCGAAUUUGUUUGAAACCAAAAAAUCUGAGGUGGAGGAUAAGAAGGAGCCAGAAAUUGUGCCAGUUUCGUUUGACAAACCAGAAACAUUGAAAAUAAAACAACCCGCCAUGGUUACGUCUCUGUAUAGCGGAAUCCAAUGUAGUUCUUGUGGAGCUAGAUUUGCUCCAGAAAUGGCUACUCGUUACAGUCAUCAUUUAGACUGGCAUUUCAGACAAAACCGUAAAGAAAGAGACUCUUCCAGGAAAGCGCAUUCAAGGCUUUGGUAUUACGAUGUCAGCGAUUGGAUUCAGUUUGAGGAAAUUGAAGACCUUGAAGAUAGAGCACAAAGUUGGUUUGAAACUGAGAGACAAAACAUGGAAACUGAGAACACGGGAACUGAGGAACUCUUUGACGAAACAUUGCAGCCGAGUGUUCCAACAGGUUCAGAAGACGAUACUUGCUGUCAGGUGUGUCACGAAGCGUUUGUGCAGUUCUACAACGAUGAGAAGGAAGAGUGGCACCUCAGACCAGCUGUUUGUUUUGAAGGCAAAAAUUUCCAUCCACUCUGCCUUGAAGAUCAUAAAGAAAAACUCUUUGGGCGAGCUCAGGAAGAGCCUGCUACGCUCAACGAAUCAGGUGAAAUCAACGAGGAUAAAGACAGUGUAAAGGUCGAGAAUGAAGAAAAGAAAGAUAGCACUGAAGAUAUUGAAUUAAAAACUGAAGAACCUAUAACAGAAGAAAUAAUCAAAGUAGAUGAAGAUGCGGUAACCGAGGAGGUUAAGGAGGCAGCAGAUGGUGCAAUAAAAGAAAUAUUGGAUAUUAUUGAACGUGAAGAUGCAGAAAAUAUUCCACCUGAUGAAGUGACUGAAGAAUCAACUCUGGAAGAAAAGACAGAAAUGCCUGAUUUAAAUGCGCCUCAAGAAUCAAUUCUAGAAGAAAAAGAAAUUAAUGAAGAUGCUUCUCAAAAUAUGGAAGUAGAUACAGAAAUUAAAGAUGAUGAUAAUCUAACUCAAGAAGAGCCAAUGGAUGUUGAAUUAGAAUUCGAAGAUAGUGUGUCUGAGCAUGUUGAAGUCGAUUCGACCCAGGUUGAAGUCAAAAGUACAAUUGAUGGAAACAUAGAAUUGGACUCCUCUGCACCUAUAAUCCCAGCUGCCCAGUCGCUAAUAAAAAUAAAUAUAAUAAAGCCCCUUAAUUCUCCAAAGGAACCCAAAGAAACUAAAGAAGAAAAAGAGAACGUAGAAGAAGAAAAACUGGAAAAGGAGGAACCUCUGAAGCCGGCUUCUAUAAAACCUUCUCUCAUUGAUAGAAACUUAUCUGUUUUACCUCCAGUUUUUAAGGGAGAAGAACUUUCAGCGUUAUGUUCGAUUAUGUAAAUAGAUAGAAGUGCUAAAUAUUGUAAAUAGUGGUUGUACGUUGAUGCCGGUUGCACGUGUGUUGACAUAAAUAAUGAGAGGACGAAGUGCAUUUUUUACAUUUCAGAGUUUCUACAUGUAUGCACGAAAUUCUUUUUGAUUUUGUGGAGUUAUAAAUAACGAAUUUAAAAAUGCGAUAAUGAAUGUUAGAUUAAAACUAUACUUGUACAUAGUUUCCAAGUACUGUGAUGUUUUUUGUACAUAUUACUUAACGUUUGUAACUGCGAUUUCAUGUUAUUAUUGUAUAACAAGAAUUAUCACGAACUUUAUUUUUUUACAUAAUGAAAAAGAAUUUUUUUUGUUGACU